AUGCUAAUUCUUGGCUCUGUUAGCCUCGAGUACCACAUCAAGUGGAAGAUGACCCUCGAUCUUGAAGCCGUGAAAGACGGCGGUCUCCAGAUCAAAUCCACGUUCGAGGGACCCAGCAUCGAAGCCAAAAAGAAUACUCUUAAUGGCCUUGAGGAAUAUAAGGAAUACACGAUGAAAUCCGUCGAAACCGCCAUGAGGAACAUGGAUGACCUCCGUAAAGCCCUUGCUGAAGAUUUGCAAGGACAACAAGGACUUUGCUUGCCCGCUGGGGGUGUCUUCUAUUUCAAGAAUCCCAUUCUUGGCCACAAGGGAGAUCUGAUUUGUUCGAUCUCCUACAACAAUACCCCUGCAAGAAAGGCAUUCAAUCCAAACUCAGGCGUCAUUAUCAAUGAAAAUGGCAAGGACCAAGAACAAAUCGCUGGUGGAAAUCGGGCAGCUCUUCCUAAACCCCCUGGGGUCCAGCAAGUCCCCAAAUGA